UUUAGUCUGUCUCCGUCUUCGGCAACGAUCACUGCAAAAGUGCCACAACAAAACAAAAAACCAAAAAGAAGUAACAAAUCGUGUUCGCGCCGGUUAUUUUUACAAGCAAACUGGAAAUCAGUUGAAAAUGUUUGGCUCCAGGGAAAAUUCAAAUGGCCAAACUUGUUUCACAGUCAAGGUCGUCGCUUCCGCCGCUGCCAGUGUUGCUGCAGAGGAUUACAAACAAUACCGUUAUAGAGGCAGCUGCCACACAUGGCUAAAGGCAAUAGAGGCUAGUAGCAGACGCCCCCCAUUGGCCCUGUUUGUUGUUGUUGCCAUGUUGGCGACGCUAGUGAUUAUGUCGUCGACGCUGUCGGAUGCCACAAGCAUUGACAAUGCCACCAGGCAACAACAGUUGGAGGCGAUCACAACUAGCAAUCACACACACAGUCAUCAUCGUCAUCGUCGCUCCAGCUCAACGUCGGUGAAUUGCAUGCAAGACGCCCGCUUCUAUCGCAAUGCUCAACGUCCGGUGCACAAGAUUUGGACAAACAGCGAGUGUGCCAAGUAUUUCCUCUGCCUCGAUGGCGAAGUCUUUGAAUUCAAGUGCUCUGAGGGUUUGCUCUUCGAUGUUGUGCGUCAGAUUUGCGAUUUCAAAAACAACGUGGACAAUUGUGACAUUACAGCGGAGACGCCAGCACCCAAGCCGUUGCUUGAAAUGGCCGAUUGUGCGGAUCACACGCAGCUAGGUUGCGCCGAUGGGACUUGUCUGCCACAGGAUUAUUUCUGCGAUGGCUCUGUGGAUUGCCCUGAUGGCUCCGAUGAGGGCUGGUGUGAUAUGCAGCAUGAUCCCAAUGCAGCGGGCUCGUGUGAUCCACGCAAGUGCCAGUUGCCGCAUUGCCACUGCUCCAAGGAUGGCACGCAGAUACCGGGCAAUCUCCAGGCCCACACUGUGCCGCAGAUGAUACUUCUGACGUUCGAUGAUGCCAUCAAUCAUGACAACUGGGAGCUGUUUUCCAAGGUGCUCUUCACGCCAAAUCGUCGUAACCCCAAUGGUUGUCCUAUCAGGAGCACCUUCUAUGUGUCGCAUCCAUUCACAAACUAUCAAUAUGUGCAGAAAUUGUGGAACGAUGGUCAUGAGAUUGCCGUGCACUCGGUGACACAUCGCGGCCCGGAAUUGUGGUGGUCAAAGAAUGCCACCAUUGAAGAUUGGUUUGAUGAGAUGGUGGGCCAGGCGAACAUAAUCAACAAGUUUGCAGGCGUGCGCAUGGAGGAGAUACGUGGCAUACGUGUACCCUUCCUGCGCGUCGGUUGGAAUCGUCAGUUUCUGAUGAUGAAGGAGUUUGGUUUUGUCUACGAUGCCUCCAUGGUAGCGCCACACUCGAAUCCACCGCUAUGGCCAUACACCCUCGACUAUAAGAUGCCCCACAGUUGCCUGGGUGCCAAUCAAAAUUGCCCAACACGCAGUUAUCCUGGCAUCUGGGAGCUUGUCAUGAAUCAAUUGGAGACUGGGGAAUUCACUUGCAACAUGGUUGACAGCUGUCCACCGCAUUUAACAGGCGAGGACAUCUAUCGCAUGCUGACAUACAAUUUCAAGCGUCAUUAUCUGAGCAAUCGUGCACCAUUUGGACUGUAUUUCCACUCCACUUGGUUCAAGAAGACGGACUAUCUGAAUGCCUUUCUGCGUUUCUUGGAUGAUAUGCAGAAGUUGCCGGAUGUGUACUUUGUGACCAAUCAGCAGGCUAUUCAAUGGAUGCGUCAACCGACACCCAGUAAUCAGCUUCAUCAAUUCGAGCCGUGGCGUUGUCUGCCCAAGCAACUGGAGCCGCAUGAACAGGUGUGUCAAAUGCCCAAUGUGUGCAAAGUGCGCAGUCGUGUGCUGCAGGAGGAUCGCUAUUUCUACACGUGUAUGGAGUGCCCGGCACAGUAUCCUUGGAUACGCAAUGAGUUUGGUCUAGAAUAGCUACAUAGUUUAGUUUUGUAAGUUCUAUUUAUAUAUUGUAUUGUAUUUUAAUUAAUAUGCAAACCGAGUUCUCGAAA